AUGGAGUCUGAUACUGAGGACGAUAAUCAAAAAAUCUGUAAUCUUCUUCAAGCUCGUCACACUUUGAAAAUCGGAGAAGAGCUGGAGAAGGCGGUGGCGACUCUCCCGAAAAUUCUCCGCAAGGACGAGAAGAAAAUCUACUUGUCUGCAUCUGACCUCGAUUAUUCUGUUGCUUAUGAGCAAGUGACCAGAAAAGGAGAAACAUACAAUGAACACCCUGAAUCUGUAUCAGAGUUUGUAUCAAAGCCUGUCGUCUUCAAUAAACAAAUCGAGGAUAGAGAUUUGGCCGAUUUGAAGGACAGAUGCAACACGCGGCAGUUUGUGGAGGCCGUGAAGUUGCUGCCCGAGUUCAACUUUUCAACUGACGAAACAUGGGAUCAAAUCCAAAGAAAGAAGAAAUCCUCAUCUCCAUGUUUCGAAUGUGGAGUUUCUUCGUGUUUCCGUCUUCAACAAAGAUGGCAAGGAAGAGUGUUGCACGGAUGCUAUCCAAACAUUCCUCUUCUCAAAUUCCAACACGACUCAACCGAUAAGAUCCCAUCUUGCUUCUAUGUUAACAACGAAAACCCACUGGCCGACAAGUUUGCAGACGCUAGAAAAGUUAUCAAAGAGAUUGAGCGUCAUUGA